UCGGCGCUUAUGCCCCGCCCUUCCUCCGCUACUUUAAAAGGGAGCCUGCCCCUCCCUCAGACAAUACUAGAGAGCGGCUAACACAAUGCAGAAGGUGGCUGGUCCCAUGAAGAUCCACGUCGAGUACUGUGGAAGUUGAGGGUAUGCGGCCCAUUAUCAGGAGCUUGCGUCUGAGAUCCAGGAGCAUGUGACUGAUGUGGAGAUCGCUGGUGGUGUAGGAAGAUCUGGGAGCUUUGAAAUCACAGUAAAUGGGGCGCUGAUCUUUUCAAAACUGGAAUGUGGUGGAUUUCCUUAUGGAGAAGAUAUUGUGGACAUCGUGAAGAAAAUUAAGGAAGGCAAAAGCGUAGAGAAAGCAACUAGGAACAAGAAGACUUGCUCCAUCCAGUGAGGUGCAUGAUGGAAGGAAGAGUGAAAAUCUGACUGGAUUACAGGCUGGAGCAGGUUCUGUUAAUGACUGGUUUUCUCAAAAGUUAGAGAAAAUCACGAGCAAUAUUAGAAUCUGUUACCCUCGGCUGUAAUUCAUCAAUAACUUCAAUAAAUCAUCUUUUUCCACUUUG